AUGGGACACCCAGAAGUUCAGGUCAACGUUCACAAUUUCUUUCUCAUCAAGCAGAUCGUGGAAGAAGAUGGCAGAUUAAUAGCAGUUGGGACCUUCAUUCAACACUGCUUUGAAGAUGAAAAGACAAAAGAAAUGAUCAGAGGCAGGAUGCACAAAGAAGGCAAAAAUAUCGAUGAUUAUGAAAUCAAGUUCGAGUAUCGCUUCAACGAUGAAACUGCUGAUAACGACAGUGGGUAUGUUCGGCAUCGAAGGACUGAAAAAUAUGAAACUGAUAUGGGAACCCUCUACCGCCACACUUAUCAAGUCAAGGCACCCUUGGAUGUCAAUGUCGAAUUGGAUUACUUCCCGUUCCGUGUGGUCAGCGCCAAGUUGUUGGUCGAACUGAGUACCUUUACCACUCUGGACAAUGAGACACGGCUCCGACCAAAUCUCAUUCUCCACUUAUUGGAUAAGACCAACAUGUUCAGCAUUCAAAAGGAUCAAAUGACCGAGACGAAAGGAAGUGAUUUCGAUCAAGCCAAAGACAAGAUGGACAAGGCGGAUAGCUAUGACUUUAUUUCACCCUUUCCAAAAGUGGCCUACCUCUACGACACAAAGAAGAGAUAUUGCCCCAAGUUUAUGGUUACCUUUCUUAUGGUCGAAGAUGGUAUGAAGAAAUUUGUUGAGAUUGUGGCUCCCAUGGUCUUGAUUGCUGGCAUGAAUACGAUUCAUGUUCUGAAUCCAGAUGAAGGAGUGGAAGUGGCUGACUACAUUGCCAACUCGGCCACCUUUGCCCUUUCUGUUCUCGUCUUCUUGCCUACCAUGGUCGGAACCUCGAGAGUUCAACAACUCUGGACAGCGAACAAUCUUUACAUCGUGUUGAUUUUUGUUGCCCUCACAUUGUCGAGUAUACCCGACACUUGGGCGGGGCACAAGGGCUACGCCGUAGCGGGAAUGAUUAUCUACUGGGUUUCCUUUCUGUUCCCGAUUGUCAACAGCGUUCGCUAUCUUCUGUUCCUUCGCAAGGCAAAACGAAAGGCAAACGCCAAACACUUUUGGCAGGGUCCCAAUAAGAAAGCUUACAAGGCUUCCAAGAAAGAAGUGGCUCACGAAUUUGCCAAGGUGGAAGAGAUUGUUUACAAGCCAGAUGACGAACGAAUGCAAAUGGAAUAUACAUUACGGGAAGUGCACAAGUUCCGUGUGCUCGAAUUUGCUUCCGUGGGUGCCAUUGCCCGAAGUAAAAAAAAGAUAACGACAGCAGGUGCGGCAACACCAGAGGUUGCUGCUUGA